AAUGGUCAUGAAUGCAAAAUUCGUACAAUAGUGUUCGCAGGAAAGAAAAGAUGCGUUUUGGAUCAUUCUGGAUGGAGAUAAAACAGGGAGCGAGUAGCGAUGACGUAUAGCGUCUUCGCGGGAAUUUCAAACUGCUAUGGACAACGGCGUGAAGUUAAUCAUACUCGGGGAUGGCUGUGUGGGGAAAACAUGUCUGCUGAUCUCCUACGUACAUAAACACUUCCCCGACAAGUAUGUGCCGACAGUGUUCGACAAUGACGUGGUGACCCAUGUUUUCCAAGGAAAGCCAGUAAGAAUGAUUCUCUUCGAUACAGCUGGAGGGGAGGACUACCACAGGUUGCGCCCCCUAUCGUACCCUGGGACGGACAUCUUUCUUAUCUGUUUCUCUAUUGCAUCACGGGACUCAUUCGAGAACAUCCCCUCGUAUUGGCUCCCAGAACUAGAUCAUUUUUGUCCAGACACACCCAGGCUUCUUGUAGGAUGUAAAGGGGAUUUAAGGACUGAAACAAGCCCAGUGAGUAAAAUAGAGGCUGAGAAACUUGCGAGGUCGCGAGGGAUGCAAUAUUGGGAAUGCAGCGCCCUCACACGCGAAGGUGUCCACCACUGCUUUGACAAAGCGAUCCAUGCCGCUCUGUCAUAUAUUGCGAUAAAUCCAAAGAGAGGCAAGGGUAUUUUUUCCUCAGUCAAGAGCAAGAAAAUGACACCCAUACCACCACCACUGAUGCCCGAGGCAGGUUCAGUACCGCGGAUUGAAGUGCGGGAGUCGUCGUUUGGCCACGACUGGUUGAAGAUGUUGGAGAACCGCCGCCAUACUGAUGUUGCAUUCGUCAUCCAGGGAGACCAUCGUCUGGAGGCGCAUAAAUGCAUGCUGUGUUGCGCGUCCAGGUUGUUUUGCAGGGUCCUUGGAGAGACAACUCCAAUAGUCACAACCUACUGGGAGGAGAUAAAUUCUGGAACGGUCUUGGGGCUGAGUGGAAUAAAAGAAGAGAAGACUGGGGGGUCUGGGAAGAUUCACACCCUCAUCACCCUGAAUGACGACAUUACGGCGAAGGCGUUUACCCACGUGCUGGAGUUCCUGUACGCUGGUACCCCAAACUUCGAAGACUGCCACACAGACGAAGAGUUCAUCGAACUGAAGAAGGUAGCCACCAUGUUUGAUCUGCCCUACCUCGUAUCGAUAUGUGACAAUGUGCAGACGAAUGAACAUUUCCUCAACCCGAGCAUAACGACCUUCCUGAAUGAUGAAACCGGUCAAGCUAUGAAGAAACUGCUCAUGAAUCAGUCCACGAUGGCUGAUGUAGUGUUCCUUGUGGAAGGUGCUAAGGUGUACGGUCACCAGCCCAUUCUUGCAUGUAGGUCUGAAGUCAUGGCGGCCAUGUUUAGUGAAAAUUUCACGGAGGGAAGCUCACUUAUGCCAAAGAUUCCUGUGCUGGACAUCUCCCUGGAGAAUUUUCUGGCCUUGAUAGAGUACCUCUACACAGACCACGCCCCCAUCGAGUCAGGGGACUCAGUAGGCCUCCUAGUUGCAGCCGACAGAUACUUCCUUUCACGGCUAAAGAACCUGUGCGAGCUCCAUAUCACAAAAGAAGUCGACGAAUCUGUAGUGGAGAAAAUUGAAAAUUUGAAAAUCGACGUGAUUGGUAUUUUUCACGGAGCACAGCAAUACAACGCAGAGCAGCUAGCCAACUGGUGCCUCCAUUUCAUCUCAACAAACUACAUCGCCUUUGCGACGAGGCCCGAGUUUUCAGCACUGGGAGAAGAAUAUAGAGAAUAUGUGGAGGAACAUCGAUGGCCGCCAUUAGAAUAUUUGGAAGAGGUCGAAGAGUACGAGAAAAAGUUGAAGAAAGCAAGCGAGAAGAAGGCUGGCAAGAGUUGCCUGAUCAUGUGAUCAAAAUGGAUCAAAAUUACAUUCUCGCAGGCAAUCUCCAAUGAGUCCUGGCUUUCUUUACCUUGGAGUGAAAUACACUAGUAAGCUAUACACUAGUAAGUCUAUCACUUUGCAACGGUUACCAAUGACGUGGCUUAGAGAAUGUUACACAUGGCGAGGCGUGGACUGUGUUCUCACUGGAUCCAAUUAACGUUUAUGCUAGAGUUGAUCUGAAGAACUUGUCCAUGAUUACAGAAAUUUCGGGAUUGAACAAGGGCCCCGCUGAACUUAGAGCGGCAUUACCUCUGUUGCCUCCGUUCAUACCACUGAAGAAAUACGUGUUUUUUUUUCUGUACAGGGUGUUUCCAAAAAAAGAAACCGAGAUUAAUUUGUUAAUUUCCUGGACAUGGCUAAAUAUUUUGGAAAUCAGCAACCACCAUUUAUUACCUAAUGAUGUCCUCUUUCUUAUGAGACCAUGAAAUUCAAUUUACUGUCACAGAUGAUUGAGAACGAAGCAAUUCAAUCAACCAUGUCAGAACUGGUCUUGCACCAGAUUUACCGCAGCGGAACCCCGACAAAAAAGAAAGACCAGUGUGUCCUUAGCAAAAUUUGUAUUAAAUGAUUUAACAUCUGGGGCCUUAUUCCUGUCUCAAUCUAACUCCAGUUACCCUCGACAUGCUCUGCAUUCAUUUCAACACAAACAUCAGCUCUGAUUCUCAGUGCUCUCACUGCAUUCCUGAUUACGUCGAUCUGUCCUCUUAAGGUCUCAACUGCAGCAACGAUUUUGGCACGUAGCUCAUUGAUAUCUUGUGGAGGCGACUUGUUAACUUGGUUCUCAAGAUGUCCCCACCAACAAAAUCACAGGGGGUGCGGUCAGGGGACCUUGGUGGUCUUUUCAUCUCGCGUUUGAUCGCAACAAAUGCAUCUGCUAAUUGCUGGAGACUUCCAGUCCUCAACCACUGCGCUGUUAAUGUGAGCUGGAUUUCAAAAUAACUUCACAGGGUUUGCUCUUUUAAUCUUCUCAGGACACUGCAAGCAUUAUUGUGGUUUUUGAAUGAGACGCCAAACGCUACACUUCCCGCGAUAUCAGACCGCUGAUUGAGCAAUAGCGAUGGUCAGUAGCAUCUUGUUACCAUUGUGUGUACUGCGGUGGGGUUUAUGUGUGUGUAAUGGCUUGUGGUAUUCGACUCGAUGACUCGACGACGCGAUGGCUCGAUGACGCGAUCGUUGCUAUGGAUUUUGCUAAAAUACGGAAUCCCAUGAUCCUGGUCUCCGGGCUACCGCUGCAACAGCAGAGGUUUUAGCUCGGCCUUCCCAUACCCAGCUACGGUAUGUAGAAGGAUGUGCCCCCCCCCCAGCCAUGGCCACUGAAGAUUGGUCCCCGCGAUUGAUUUUGAUAUUUAAAGGACUCGCGGAAGUUUCAUAGCAUGCAAAAUGACCGGAGAUUUAAUUGACAAACAAGCUUCUAGUGGCCAAUGUCAGAUGUCAUGUGGUAGUCUGUCAACAAUCGGAAUUUCGCAUAUGUGCAGUUUUUUAGACUCAGUCACUCAGUCCCUCUUCCGCCCCUUGACAUCUGCCCCCCCCCCCCCCCCCC